AUGAUUAGAUUAGUAAAUCAAAUUAAUAAAAGUUCUAAUAUUAAUAAUAACAUAGUUAAAAAUAUUAAAGAAAUUAUUCAAGAAGAUAUGAAUGAAAGAUGGGAAUUGGCAAAUGAAUUAGGAUUGUAUAGUUUAUUUUUUGAUAUUAGAUUUAAAAAUUUAAAUUUUGUUUUAGAAAAG